UCCUCCUUUCCUUUCUCACACACUCUCUCUCCUCUUCCUCUCUCUGUCUCUCUGUCUCUCUCUCUCCUCUACAUGAGCGUGUGUGAAGAAAGAGCGAAAGGAAAAUACGUAUACAUAUACGAAUACGUAGGCAGGCAUACGUUGGAAAUCGUAGUGUAGAAGGAGCGUCAUCUACGACGUCGUCUUCGUACAUCAUCCGUAUCUAUAUAAAGAGGAGGGGAAGGUGGAGGACAGGGACGAACGGCGGAGAUGAAGGGUUCUGCUUCCAUUCCUCUGAAAAGGGGAUGGAGAGGGCUCGUGCUUGUAGUUGUCGCUCUCGUUUUCCUCUCCAUGACUGUACCUCUCUCUUUCAUGUUCGGCCCGCACAACAACCGCAACCAUUUUGCAACGUACGGGCCUGGAGGUGGCAGUAUCGUUUCGGACUCUCACGUAAGAGUUUAUGAUCUGCCGGACCUUGGCGAUGCUUCGAAUCAGUUGGAGAGCGAUCCGUCAAGACAUGUGGAUGAACUUCUGACGAGAUUUGGUCCCACGCUUUCAAAGGAUGUAAUUGAGAACUUGGCAAAGGAAACUGAUAGCAAAAGCAGUGGAAGUGCAGAACAAAAUAGCUCCCUUGACUCUGGAGGCCUCCCUAUUCCCCCAGCGGGGGUGCUGAAGUCGCUGCAAAAUGUAAGUAAAGAAAAGGCCAUUGGUACAGUUGGAACUAAGGACCAUGCAAAAGGUGUAAUCCUUGAUGAAAUUCACAAAUCUUGUCAGCUUGAAUUUGGGAGCUACUGCCUUUGGUGUGAAGAGCACAAAGAAGAAAUGAAAGACUCAAUGGUGAAGAAAUUGAAGGACCAGCUUUUUGUGGCCAGAGCUUAUUAUCCAAGUAUUGCAAAACUUCCAGCACAAGACAAGCUGUCACGCGAAAUGAAAUUAAACAUUCAAGAUUUUGAGCGUAUGCUUAGUGAAGCCACUACAGAUGCCAAUCUCCCCCCUCACGUUGAAAAGAAGAUACAGAAGAUGGAAGCAGUGAUAGCCAAAGCCAAAUCGUUCCCUGUGGAUUGCAACAAUGUUGUCAAGAAAUUCGCGCAGUUAGUUGAUCUGACUGAGGAUGAAGCUCACUUUCACAUGAAACAGAGUGCUUUCCUGUAUCAACUUGCUGUUCAGACCAUGCCCAAAAGUCACCAUUGUCUUUCGAUGAGAUUGACAGUAGAAUAUUUCAGAUCUCACCCUGACGAUAUUGAAUUGUCUCAGGAAGACAAACAAGAAUUUCCGUCCUUCUACCACUACAUUGUCUUCUCCCGCAACAUACUUGCGUCAUCUGUUGUUAUUAACUCGACCGUUAUGCAUUCUGAAGAUACUGGGAAGCUGGUGUUUCAUCUUAUCACGGAUGGAGAGAAAUAUGUUGCUAUGAAACAUUGGUUUCUGAGAAGUUCUUUUAAGAACGCAACCAUUCAUGUCUUGAACGUAGAAGAUGCCAACCUGAAUUUCUUGGAUGGUUCAGAUACACCCCGCAUAUCAUUUUCCGAUGAGUUUCGUGUAUCUCUCCGCACUACCACUGAUGGAGUGUCUGCCAUCAGGAUGAGAACUGAAUAUUUAUCUGUCUUUGGCCCUGCAUACUUCCUGCUUCCAGAAAUAUUCCAGAAUCUGGAAAGGGUGGUGGUCUUGAGUGACGAUGUGGUUGUGCAGCGUGACUUGUCACCCUUGUGGAACCUUGACAUGAAAGGAAAAGUAAAUGGUGCCGUGGAGUUUUGUCAGGUGAGGCUUGGUCAGAUGAGAAGUUAUUUCGGUGGUAACAGCUUCAACAGCAAUUCAUGUGCUUGGAUGUCUGGGCUGAAUGUCAUUGACUUGACGAAGUGGAGGGAGCUGAAGGUUACUGAAACAUACCAAAGGUUGGUCAAAGAGCAGCAACAGACCGCGAGUAAGGGAUCAUCAAGAGCUGGAGCAUUGCCCAUGACCUUGCUCACGUUUCAGGACCUGAUUUACCCACUGGAUGAUUCAUGGGCAUUGUCAGGGCUGGGCCACAAUUACAGGGUCAAUAAGCAAGCCAUAGGGAAAGCUGCUGUUUUGCAUUACAACGGAAACAUGAAGCCAUGGCUUGACCUUGGCAUACCGGCAUAUAAUGACUACUGGAAGAAGUAUCUAAAGCAAGAUGAUCAGUACAUGGACGAGUGCAAUGUGAACCGGUAGCCACCCAUGGUUUGAUACAUGUCUUGAUCUAUAAUUCAGAGGAUGGAGCAGGCGGCAGUAAGAUGGAUGGAGAAAAAAAACUCAUCCAUGUCCCGAGUCUGACGGCAACCAUGAAUCCUGCAAGGGGUUAGAGAUUUUUCAGCAAUAAAAGGUAUUUAGGUCACUAUUGGUGCUUUGUGAUUACUCAAGGGGAGAAGAUCUUGCUGCCGCAGAGAGUUUGAGAGGGCCUGCAGACAGACAAGGUCUCAGUUGAAGAGAACUUGAUAAUGUACAACAGCUAGGAUGAUGAUAGCUUAGGACGAGCCAUGAUUCUGUAAAUUGGCCUUGUUGCAGGGACAGUCCAGAUAUUCAAUUGCCAUUUGUUUCCUGUGAUAUAGAUAUAGAUAUGAUUGUUGAGUCGGCGUCCCGAACUGUGUUGCCGGCAUUCAAGUACGGAUUAUUCAUUUAGAUUGAUUUUUUCCCUGCAUUGAUUCUCGAUGACGGUAUAUAAUGCUGAGUUUUCUUUCUUUUCUUUUCUUUUUUUUUUUCCUGAUUCAUUGCCAUUGACGGUGCCUAUGAAAUGUAACGUCUUGAUGCAUGAAUGGCACUGCCAUUUCUAUUUUGAACUAGUGCUUUUGC